AAAGUGAUGUUAUAAAUACGACAGAGCUGUUGGAGAAGCAGACGCUCAACGCCCGGGCGAUAAUUCAAGGUUGGGUCGCCACCACCUCGUAGCGGAACAACAAAGCGGUUGAUCCGUAAAGCCACCGUCGCUCCACCUGCGCGGCUCCGGAUGCCGGAGAGGAGGAGUCAGGCUGGAGCACGCGCCUGGCCCGAACCUGCGGCCGUAGACCUGUCUGCGAGGAGGACGGAGCGGCGCGGCGCGGCGCGGAGCGGAGCGGCGCGGCGGAGGGAGGGGUAGCUGCCGACAGAAUCGCCGAGCACCGACGGCGGCGAAGUGUCGCUGCACCUUACGAACCGGGGACGAGUCCGUUCCCCCACGAGCUGCUUCCCACGCGCACGGGCGGACGCGUUUAAUGGCAUUCGCGGAGUCUCCGCGGGCAGAAGAGGAGUCGUUACGGCGCGAGUUAGCUCAGGUUAGCUCGCUAACAAGCUGACUGACAUGGCUGUCUAACAGGCUGCCAAGCAUCUCUUCAUGGAUCACAGAGGACACCAAAGAAAACCACAGCAUCAUUGAGCAUAGCCAAUAACUAGGGAAUCUGAUACACAGGUAUAUCAUUAGACUGACUUCAGUGCAUGCGGCCUUUUGAGUUGUUCAUAGGCAUCUGUGGGGCAGCCCGAAGGCCUGUCGCUAUGCACUCCAAAAGAAGAGAAAUGAGCUGCGUGGAUCCUGGGAGGAGCAGACCUCUUUUAUACAGGACUAUUCCUCUGGUAAUAGGGCUUCUAGUGACUAUGGCCCAGGGGACUGUGUCAGAACACCAAGAAACAAUGGUGGAGAUCAUAUCUGUGGAACUCGAGGCUUCUAUGCAGUCCUCUGUGCUCUCUGAGCUCCAGGCUGCAGCAUCCUCAGUAGGUGAGGGGCCACCUACAGCCAUCGCAGAGCCUGCAAGAAAUGGCGGCGUGCAUGCUGGCAUACCUGACUCCUCUGCAGUCACUGGCCAGGUGUUCCAGUUGAAGGUUCCACCAGGACCGGCCAAUGCUAGCUGCAACGUUCGCCUCACAGAGAUGGGGAAGGAGACACUACCCUCCUGGCUAUAUUGGGACAAAGAACAAUGCAUUUUGAGAGGCUUGGCUCUGGAGCAGGAUAAAGGUGUGUAUCAUAUCUUGGUGUCUGGCGAGGAGAUAAUUGAGAAGAAUGGCAGCGAAAUGUUCCCCAGUACAGUCUUCUCCAUCGAAGUAUUCCCAGAAGAACGGGCAGACACAGAGCCAGCCCUGUUAACUCUUCAGUCUGACAGCAGUGGCCUCCAGCCUUUCACCUGUGGCUCUGAGGAACUUGCUACUGUCCUCACUGUCAUCCUGGAUGCUGACUUGACAAAGAUGCUGGCAGAACAGAGGGUCAACUUACUAGGCAUAAUGAGAAAAUUCUCGCAUGUGCCUCUGGAGCACAUGCGGGUGGUCCCUGUUGUCAACAACCGCUUGUUUGACAUGUCUGCUUUCAUGGCUGGACCAGGGAAUGCUAAGAAAGUGGUUGAGAAUGGGGCCCUGUUGUCAUGGAAGCUUGGAUGUGCUCUUGACCAGAGCAAUAUCCCAGAUAUUAGCAGCGUACAGUAUUCGGCCAAAGACGGGACCAUGUCCUCCAGGCUGGGCUACCCGGUAGUUGGUUGGCACAUUGUCAACAAAAAGCCCCAUGGAGUAAAAAGGGUCAGGCGGCAGUUGAACAACACUCCUACCCCAGUGCCCUCCGUUCUUCCUCCAACUACUCACCCAGAGCCCCCGCUUCGUGUCGUUCCCACCCCAACGUCUCCCUCUAUCGCUCCAGCAACUGACAACACGGCUCCCCCUGUACGAGGCCCUUUACCUCUUCCAGUUAAGCCCACUAUGAGGGUCAGGGAUCAAAUAGCCCACACACCUGUCUUUGGACCCCCCCAACCAACAAGAGUAAUAGGAAUUACAAGCACCAUCCCUAUCCAACCAACCAUGACCAGGCCUACUUUUGUGGAGGCCACAGCUGUGCCAACGCCACCAUCCACAACCAAAAAACCCAAACCUACUGCUACAAGGAAGCCCAAGAAACCCAAAACAUCCACCCCAGCUCCCCGGGAGCCCAAAUCCACCACACCUAAACCUCCGAGGCGCACAACACCCUUCUCACUGGCUCCAGAUUCAAACGAUCAGCCACAGAUCCGUAACGCAAUAGAUCAGGUGAAUGCAUGGGUCGGCACAUAUUUUGAAGUUAAAAUUCCCCCCGAUACAUUUUUUGACAAAGAGGAUGGCACCACUGAUAAGCUACGUUUAACUCUGAAGAAAACCCCCAAAGAAGCAGUGAAUGAAACAUCUUGGAUACAGUUCAAUAGCACGAUCCAGCUCCUGUACGGCCUCCCAGGUGAGAACGAUACUGGGAAACACGAGUACUUCAUGCUAGCCACUGAUAAAGGUGGCAGGAGCGUUAUGGAUGCAUUUGAGGUACAAGUCAACAAUUGGUCCACUAAUGGCAAACCAUCAGUUGUGUUUACUGCUCGUUUCCAUGGUGACGCCACCACUUUAAACAAUGAUGUUCAUAAGAAAAUUCUUUUGGCCCGAAAGUUGGCUUAUGCCUUUGGGGAUCGCAACAGCAGUGCGGUGACCCUGAGAAACAUCACAAGCGGCUCCAUUGUGGUGGAAUGGACCAAUAACAGUCUCCAAGAAAGUCCUUGUCCAAAGGAGCAGAUCAUCAGUCUCAGCAACAGGAUCUCUGAUAACAAAGGGAAACCUAAACAAGCCUUCGUCAAAGCCAUGGAGCCAGAAUUUAUACCUAUCAACAUCUCUGUUCGAGGCGCCAAUAAAUGUCAGAGCUACAUGUUCAUUCCACCAGGAGAGGUGCAUUUGCCUGUUCUGCCCACAGCUACACCUUCACCUGGGAGCAGUCGUAGCAGUGGCACUGAUGACGUUUACCUGCACACCGUCAUUCCUGCUGUUGUGGUGGCUGCGCUGCUGCUCAUAGCCGGGAUCAUAGCUAUGGUCUGCUAUCGCAAGAAGCGCAAGGGGAAGAUGACGAUAGAGGAGCAGGCCACCUUCAUCAAGAAAGGAGUCCCCAUAAUCUUUGCUGAUGAAUUAGAUGAUUCCAAGUCUCCUCCGUCCUCCAGCAUUCCUCUGAUUCUUCAGGAGGAAAAGCCUCCACUUCCUCCUCCAGAGUACCCUAAUAUGGCCGGUCCCCACAGUACUCUACUUAACCAGGAUCUGCUGGAGGAGUAUUCUCUUUAUCAAGAUGAUGACCCUAAUGCGCCUCCUUAUCAGCCACCACCACCAUUUACUGUCCCCAUAGAGGGCAAGGGCUCCCGGCCCAAGAACAUGACCGCGUACAGGUCACCUCCCCCUUACGUGCCUCCCUAACGCACACUGGAGCUUUAAGUUUGGGAAGCAGCUGCAAUGUAGGGAUGCUUGUUGACUGCGACGUGACUUUGACUUUGUAGAGAAGCAGGCAACCAUACAGUACCAUUUAUCUGAAAAUCAUGGAUAGGACACUGUUGUACAAUUCUACUACUGGCACAGGGCAGAUGGACGGGGAACAGUUUGUAAUUGCAGCACUUCUUUUUUUUUGUUGUUCUUCAGAUCUGCUUUUGACUUCUUACAUAUUCUUUCGUCUGUUUUUUGCCAAGAACAGUCAGUUUUAUCUUCAACGAUGUACUAUUUCUAUUGUAUAGAAAAUAAUAAAGAACCAGGAAACACUGAAGUCCACAGGGCCUUUGAGCAGAUGUCACCAUGACAACAGACUCGAGGCUCUCCCUCACAAUGUUAAUCUUUAUGAGUUGUAUGUCACUUUUAUCUGUCCUUGGGCCAGGUUUGCUAAGAUUUUGCACCUGUUAUUUCUAGAGGGGAGCGAAACAAAAAGCCAAACUGAAAAGCAUGAAACAUUUUUACACACACAACUGUUUGUUAGACUUUGAUCCUUCCCGGUUGUGUAACACGCUUUGUUCCCUCUUGACAAUAACAUGCAAAAUUUGCACUUAUGCAAAUUCUGGUUAAACCUUGCUUCAUGCGUCUGGCGUCGGAACAGCACGCGGUAGUUAAAUAAGCAGAAUAUCUUUUUGUAUCCUUGAACUCCCCACAUGAGAUUCCUGUGGUACUUGAUCACAAAGGACAUUACUGAUCACGCCUGUUGUACAUGUAGCCAAAUUAAGUUACAAAGCAAAUGACUUUUUUUUUUUUUUUAAAGUCUUACUGUGUGUGCCACUGGACCUGCCUGUGAGAUGACUGGUUUCUGCUGUUGCCAGGGUGAUGUCUGUGGUCAAAAGGCACACCUUGUGGGGUUGCUACAUCAGUAAUAACGGGGCCAAUGGUAUGCUGUGGUUCACAGCAGGGUGAGAGUUGGCGACACAGUCAGCAAGGUGGAGCCAGUGUCUUUCAUUCAGCUGGUUUUAUUGGGGGGUGAGGGUGGGGAGGGGGCUCAGGGUGCUGUAUUACCAUGGCUCUGCCUCCGGGUGUUGCACUGUCACAUGUAGUGCACUGCCUGUUGAGCGUUCGGACGAGGGGAUGUACAUAAUUGUGUGCCUGUGAAAUUAAACAACUCCAUAAUGUUAGUGUUUUAUUGGUAAACUAGUCGGGGGAGGCAGGGACACAGCGGGAAAUAAUUUUAUUUUUCAAUUGUAUGUCUAGAUUUAUGAUCACAAUCAUUUAAAAAUGACUUUAUAGUUUGUGAGGGUAUAAAAGAUCGUUUACCUUCCCGUCACAAAAAUAAUGCAUUAUCUCAGUAUGAUGGGAAACAAAGAAACCACGAUAAUAUGUGAAUUAUGUAGAUUUCAUAUCUGAUAUCACUACAAGAAAAAUGGUUAAAAAUCUAAUGUUUUUACUGAGUUUUUGAUACAGUCUUAAACUUGUUUUAUGAAAAUAUAUUAAUAAAAUGUAAUACUAUUUGUAAAGCCUCA